AUGGUCAAAGCACUCGCACUUUUGACAGCGGCCGUCUUGGCCUUGUCUACUCGCGUCAAGGCAGACUGCGAAUGCGGUUACUUGGAUCCAGUAACCAACCAUCUCUGGACCGAUGCCUCGUUCAGCUAUUUCAACGAGUCCGGUCUGGACGACAUUGUCAUGAACCCGGCCGUUUCUCCCCGAGUCGACGGUGCUAUGAGCGCCGGUGACUCGGGUGACGGCCAACAGACCUGGUCUGCAGUUGGUGACCACAUCAACAAGUACGAGGACUCGUUUGGCGCUACAUACCUCAGUGCAGUCAGCUACAAUAACACCUACAUUGACAACCGCACCGAGGGUCUUGCUAUGGAAGUUUCACGUGCUGACCAGGUAAAACACAUUGUUAAUGGCUCGAGCCUCGUCACAAGACGGCGCGAUAUCCUGUACGGAUCAUUUCGUGCCAGCAUUAAACCUCCUUUCAUCAAAAAGGUACCUUGGCUUGACCACGGAUAUGGAUCAGGCUUCAAGUUCUCGAUCGCAUUCAACAACUCGGAGCGCAUGCACGUCGACAUUCUCACGCACGACUACAUGUACAACUCGACCCUCGGUUGGGGUUAUUCCGCUGCUCGAUGGAACGACGACCCGCUCAAGACGAAUCUUACCUACUUUCAGAACUUUACUCAGACUAACGCGACUGCUUUCCUCGAGCAUCGAAUGGAGUGGCUCAACUCAACCGUGAUCCAGUACAGGAACAACGCCGAGAACCAGUCAGUCAACUUCUACCAGGUCAUCAAGGGUCAGAACACUAUCAACCUACCGUCAACUCCGGCGCCUGUCUCGCUUGAGGCAUGGUCCAACGGCGAGCCUUCGUCGUCCCAGGGUCCCCCCAUUUACGAACCCAACGUUGCACGUGUCAUGUACACCCGCUUCUUCUUCAACUCUUCUCUCAUCGAGCGUCAUAAUCAAUUCGUAUCGCAGUGCGGUGCUGCUGCCGCUUCAGCUAAAGCGGUCUGCAGCACCGAAGACCACACGCUCCGAGCCAGCACACCCUUCGAUCUGGUGGCUGUAAAGCAGUACAAGCCCAAGAAGGGCAAGUUCCGAGUUCCCAUGUGGGCUGCCAUCAUCGAGAUCUGUUUCUUGUCCCUCCUUGUAGUGACCGUCGUUCACGGUCUUUACAUUCGUAAAAUUAAGGACACCGAGAAGAAGCGCAAGGCUGCUAAGCUCGCCCUCCAGGAAGAGAAGAAGCAGACUGCGCUCGAGCAGUACCACGAUAUUGACGAACGCACCGACUUGCCCCAAUCCAGGGCAGCUGCCGACUUCGAGAAGCCUUACAAGCAGAUCUGGGCCGUUCCCGAGCUCAUGGAUGAUUGGGGCUCCGAUGACGAGAGUGACAUUGACGAGGACGAUGCUCGCUUCUGGGACUCGGUCGACGUUCUCCGCAGCGCUAAUUACAAGGAAGACCGAGAUGCGAACCAGCCUGGAUUGCCUCACUUCAACGACGCCUCCGAUAUGAAGCCUUCCUCGAGCACCGACAGUCUCGACAAGAUCGAGACGCUCCAUACUGAGGGCCUCGCCGGCAGCAGCUCACCUCCUCGCUCUAACAGCCGGGCCAGUAGCAUUAACCGCAUCCCUGUUGCUUCGUCCAACCAAUUCCAGCUGGUCAACCGUCCCACCUUCCCUCGGGAGAACUCGAGUUUCGGUCAGCAGACGGUGAGCCGCAUGCACAGUGGCAUCCCGUACAGUACUGGCACUGGAAACAAGGUUGGCAGCAGCCCUCGCUUCGUUCACUACCAAGAUAACAUGGAUGCUGAGGCCGCCGACCGCGGCAGCAGCUAUCCUCCUCGGCGUAACGAGCUGAGCAGCCUCGACUCGUACCAGUCUGACAUCCAGAUGCCUAGCCACUCGCACGACACUUCUCGCACUCAGCGUUACCUCCGAGACAGCAGUAGCAACGCGAGUCUUCCCUACAUUGCUCCCAGAUACACUGGUUCGGUUGGUUCGCAUUUCGGGGCCAAUUCAGCCGCUUCGUUGCUCAACUACAGUGGUACUGGUGGCGGAAACGACAACAAUGUUGGUGCUAGCCAUGGUUACUCGUCUUCGAUCAACAUCAACUGGGACAACGAGCCCAAGAUCAUUCAGUGGAACAAACGUAAGAGUGUAGCUGUCGAUCAGGUCGUCGGUCAGCUCGCUCAGCCCGCGAUGGGUGACAAGAACGCCGCUCGUCGUCAAUCGAUGGUGGUGCACCCGGCGCCCAACGGACACUCGUUUAUUACCGUCAUCUACCAGCGCGUCUACAACUUCUUCUUCAUUUCUGGCGAUGGUCUCAAGACGGCUGCUGGUGACGCUCGUAUCGACUAUUUGGACGGGAUGCGUGGAUUCGCGUGUCUUUUUGUUUCGCUUGGACACUUUAUCCUCAUGUUCUGGAACUCGAUGGCUAACUUCUCUGGCCCGCACCACUACUACGAGUUCGAGUACUGGAUCCGAGUCAUUUUCGGGCCGAUUGUCAUCAACGCUGGUUUGGUGCUGGGUAUCUUCUUCUUGCUGCCUUCACGUACCAUGGGUUCGCGCUAUCUGGUCAAGGGUGGUCUUCAGUCGCUCGCCGACAACUCGGUUCGUCGUAUGCCGCGUCUCGUGAUCCCUGCUGCGGGUGCGUGUCUGGCAAACUACAUGAUGAUCGACGUUGGCGCCUACAAGUGGGUGGCUCGGAUGAAUUCGUUGACGUGGUCCACUUGGUCGUACUACCAGAACUUCGACAACGCGCUCGACUUUCUGGACUCGUUUAUCGCGCUUUGGUGGGCUGGCCCGCCCGACAACCCGGCGCUAGUCACUCGUUACGCCACCGGUGUGCUGUGGACAAUUCCCGUGAUUGUUCAGGGUGCGUGGACGUGCAUGCUUUGCGCCGUUUUCGCGCACGAGAUCAAGACGACCUGGAAGCGAUUCUUUUUCUACUUUAUGUGCAUCCUGCUCUCAUGGUAUGCACAGACGUGGGAUCUAUUCUUCAUGGCCGGUCUUGUGGUUGCGGAUCUUGACAUCAACCUCAAGUAUCGCAAAUGGGGAGAGCUGGGCUUUCCGCUUCUGCCCAAGGGCUACGCCAAGCUGCUGCGUAUCCCGGAACGCUACCGUCAGAAGUUUGCACUCAAGGGCAAGGUGGUUCCGUGGAUAUUUUUCCUCGGAUGCUGUGUUCAGCAAUGGCUCACUUACAUUCCCGGUGCGCCCGCUGAGAACUUUGACGUCUGGGACAUCGGUGUCCACCCCAACUUUUACAACAGCAGGCCCAACCAGUGGAACAACGACACCGGAUACAAGUACCAGCGUCCACGUACUGCGGCGUGGUUUUUCGUAAUGAGCAUCUUCAUCCUCGCCGAUCACUCGGCCGCAUUCCGGCAGAUUUUCCGUCUGCGCAUCUGGUCCUUCCUCGGCAAACACUCGAUGGCCUACUUCUUGCUCCACGGCAUCAUCUUCUGGACAUGGGGCUCCUGGCUGUGCGUCACAAUGCUCGUCAACCGAGUCGACUACUUUGCCACCAUCAUGGUCGUCUUUGUCACCAGCUAUAUCCUCCUUACCCUCUUCUGUGUUUGCUUCACUUACACUUUCGAGUACUGGGGCAUCAUCGCCUCCAAGGCUUUCUGGCGUGCCACCUCCGGCAACCUCGGCCGUCGUGCCGGUGCGUAA